AGUAAAGAGAGAGAGUUUUGAGAUUUGAGAUUUUCUCUCUCUUUACCUUUACUCUGUUGUUGAAAGUGAAGAAGCGAGGAGCCCCGACCGAUAUAAGAGAGAGUGUGUGUGUGUGUGUGUCGUUGAGUUGACCAAGGGAGAGGAUGAAGGAAGAGGAUGUGAGUUCGCAGAACGUAAACCCUAGGAGUAAUCGGAACAGUGUUGCCUCAGCUUCUGCUUCCGCCUCUGCUACUCCCGUUGAUAGGUUCCGACGUCGUGCUAGAUCGCCUUCCCCUCCUCUCACUGCUGCUGCUAGCUCUGCAGGUGCAUCAUCUCCUGCUGUUUUGGUUAACGCUGGCAGUGUGGAUUGGUCAGGUCAUGGGCUGGCUUUAUCAGGUCGUUCCUGUAGAACUUGGGAUAGAGGAGAUUUACUUAGACGUCUUGCCACUUUCAAGCCUUCAAACUGGCUUGGGAAGCCCAAAACAGCUAGUUCUUUGGCUUGUGCUCAGAAAGGUUGGGUUAGUGUUGAUCUGGACAAAAUUCAAUGUGAAUACUGUGGGUCUAAUCUACAUUACUCUCCUCCACAAGAUUCGUUGAAUCAUNUAACAGCUGAUAGCAUCCGAGAAGAAUUCUCCAACCAGCUUGAUGCUGCACAUGAGAGCUCUUGUCCUUGGGUAGGACAAAGUUGUGCAGAAAGCUUAGUUCAGUUUCCUCCAACUCCUCCAUCAGCCUUGAUUGGAGGUUACAAGGAUCGUUGUGAUGGGCUCCUACAGUUCUAUUCUCUACCAGUUGUCUCGCCAUCUGCGAUUGACCAGAUGCGUGCUUCAAGACGACCACAAAUUGACCGCCUUUUGGCACAUCCUCAAGUCUAUGCCAAUGAUGAUCUCAGUUUCAGAAUGGAUAAUAUCUCAGCUGCAGAAACGUCCAAAGAAGUGGCUCUCAGUAAUUACUAUCGCGCUCAAAAGCUGAUAAGCCUAUGUGGAUGGGAGCCUAGAUGGCUUCCAAAUAUCCAAGAUUGUGAAGAACAUUCGGCCCAGUCAGCUAGAAAUGGGUGCCCUUCUGGCGCAGCUAAAAAUCAAAGUCGUCUACAAGAUCCUGGUCCAAGCAGGAAACAAUUUUCGGCUUCAUCCCGAAAAGCCUCUGGAAAUUAUGAAGUUUUGGGUCCAGAAUAUAAAUCGGAAUCCAGAUUACCCUUACUGGAUUGUAGUUUAUGUGGUGUAACCAUCAGGAUUUGGGAUUUCAUGACCACUUCUCGGCCGGUUCCGUUUGCCGCUAUAAAUGCCGAUCUUCCUGAAACGAGCAAGAAAAUGGGAGUGGCACGUGGCACUAGUGCAACAAGUGGGAUAAAUGGAUGGUUUGCUAAUGAGGGCAUGGAACAGCAGCAAAAUGAAGAUGUUGACGAGGCUGAAACUUCAGUUAAGAGAAGAUUAGUAUCAAAUGUAGGUCUGAACUUAUAUCAAACUGCAGCUGGUGCAUNCAUUCGUGAGAAUUCAAGCGGAAGGGAUGGACCAAGUUUAGGUGUCAGUGGGGGUAGUGUCGGAAUGGGUGCAAGUCACGAGGCAGAAAUCCACGGAGCUGAUGUUUCAGUCCAUAGGGGAGAUAGCGUUGUUGGAGACAUGGAACCAGUUGCAGAGGUCAUAGAGAAUCUAGGACAAAGCGGUGAAUUUGCACCAGAGCAAGGCCUUACUGAUGAUUUUGUUCCUGAAGAAAUGGAUCGAGAAGGUAGGCUUGGGGAUAGUCAAGAUAGGGUGUCUCAAUCAAUUGUAAGGGCGGACAGUGGCUCUAAAAUUGUUGAUUCAUUGAAGGCUGAAUCUGUUGAAAGUGGUGAAAAGAUGAGUAACAUAAAUGUGUUGAUCACCGACGACAGUGUUCAUCCAUCUUUGUCUUGCAAUGCGAUCAUGUGUUCUGGUUACGAAGCAUCUAAAGAAGAAGUGACCCAAACGUGGGAGUCCCCGCUCAAUGCUGGCUUUGCACUCCCCGGAUCAAGUUACACUGCGAAUGACCAAGGGCCUCCAAACGGAGACAGCAAUGAUGAAAUUGUGGAAUUUGAUCCAAUAAAGUAUCAUAACUGUUACUGCCCUUGGGUUAAUGAAAAUGUGGCUGCUGCUGGAUGUAGCAGCAACAGUUCGGGUUCUUCGGGUUUUGCUGAGGCGGUUUGUGGGUGGCAACUAACUCUUGAUGCCCUUGAUUCGUUCCAGUCGCUUGAAAAUCCUCAAAACCAGACAAUGGAAUCAGAAUCAGCUGCAUCUCUGUGCAAGGAUGAUCACCGACCUCCUUCCCAGAAGCUCUUGAAACGCCAAUCUUUUAUCAGCAACCAUGGGAAAAAGUAAGAUUAUUUUUACUUGCGAAUAAAAAUCAAAAAGGUACAAUUGCAAUUUUUCUUAAUUCAGACAGAAUUCGAUAUAUAUAUAUAUAUAUAUAUAUAUAUGUGUGUAGUAAAGCAUAUAAGCUUGCACAACACUUGGUUAGGGGUUCUUUUACUUGGGUUUCCUUUUCGCAGUACAAAUAAAGAAGUUUCUAUAGUCUCCCGAAUCUACAAACUUUUGUAUUUCUUUGAAGUAAAAGGAAAAAUUUGUGUAGUAAGAAAUAACUGUUAAAAGACGCCUAAACAGAGGUGACAGUAUUGAAUCUAGUUUGAUGAUCUUAUAUUGACUUA